ACCCGUAACAGAAGAGAAGAGUUGAAGGAAGCCUGAGGAGAAACAUGCAGCAGUUUGGAUAAAGACUGAGAGAUAUUGAAGAAACAGAAAGUUGGGAAUCCACAUUUAUUGGGAACAUUUGCACACAAGGAAACUAUUUUUGUGCCUCACUUCUCAAUUCCAGCUGACACUGCGUCUGUUCUGGAAGGAGCCACACACUUCCUGUGAGCCUGGUCAGUUUUGUAUGAGCUGGGCUGAUCGUGUAAAGUGGCUCACGUGGCUCUGCCCCACUGAGGCAUGAGUGUGGGAAGGGCCCACCACCACAGUGUCGUGUCCUGUGAAGAAGAAGGCCUGAGACUAAAUACCAUGCCUGCUGUGGGCAGCUUCGGCAAUGGCAAGAUUCACACGAGACGCAAAUACCACAGCCGGUUUGUCAGCAAGGCUGGCCAAUGCAACAUCAAUUUCUCAAACAUGGAUGAGAAGUCACAGCGGUACAUAUCUGACAUUUUUACAACAUGUGUGGACAUCCGCUGGCGAUACAUGUUCCUGCUAUUCAGCCUGGUGUUUGUGGCAUCCUGGCUAUCAUUUGGUCUGGCGUUCUACGUCAUCGGCCUCCUACAUGGUGACAUGGACCAUCCUGAAGGGGAUGACAGCUUUGUUCCUUGCGUCACACAAGUUAACACCUUCGUGGCAGCUUUCCUUUUCUCCAUUGAGACCCAGACAACCAUUGGCUAUGGUGCUCGUUGUGUGACAGAGGAAUGUCCGGCUGCUGUCUUCAUGGUGGUCUUUCAGUCCAUCAUGGGCUGCAUCAUCGAUGCCUUCAUGAUUGGUGCCAUCAUGGCUAAGAUGGCAAGGCCCAAAAAGCGUGCAGAGACUCUACUGUUCAGCCACAAUGCAGUCAUUGCUUUACGUGAUGGGAAACUGUGCCUCAUGUUUAGGGUUGCUAAUCUAAGGAAGAGCCACAUUGUGGAAGCUCAUGUGCGAGCCCAACUCGUCAAGCCCCGUUACACAGAGGAAGGCGAAUACAUCCCCUUGGAUCAGAUUGACAUGAACGUCGGCUAUGACAAAGGCACAGACCGCCUGUUUCUGGUUGCACCCCUCACUGUCAUACAUGAGAUUGAUGAAGACAGUCCACUGUUUGGCAUCAGUAAGCAAGAUCUCGAAACAUCUGAUUUUGAGAUAGUAAUUAUACUUGAAGGGUUGGUGGAGGCCACAGCCAUGACGACACAGGCACGCAGCUCUUACCUGCCCUCAGAGAUCCUGUGGGGUCACCGCUUUGAGCCCGUCAUCUUUGAGGAGAGGAGUCAGUACAGGAUAGAUUACGCCUACUUUCACAAAACAUUCGAAGUACCCUCCACCCCCAGAUGCAGUGCCAAAGACAUGGAGGAGAGAAAAUUCCCAACAUCUGGUGCCAACUCUUUCUGCUAUGAGAAUGAGCUUGCCUUCAUCAGCAGGGAUGAGGAGGAUGAAGGCGAUGUGGAGAAAGAGGAAGAAAGACAGUGUUUAUCAGAGCUAGGGAAUGAGCAGGCCACUCCUGGACGAGAUCAAAAGUCGUCCCGUAGAGAAUCAGAGAUUUAACCUUUGGCUGUUGCUCGUCUAGUUUGUUUUUGGAUGCAGAGCAAUGCAAGUGUUGCGUAAAGAGCCCUAUGACUGUCAUCCUACUGACACGAGGAUACCACUACAGGAGGAGAAACAGCAGAACUGAUCCCUGUUAGACAAGCAGGGAUAAACUCAUUGCACUUCUCACUGGAUUAACUCUUUUGCUUCCCUGAGAUGGUUACGAAGCUUUAUCAAAUGCAAAGAAAACUGUCAUGUUUCAAUUUGCAGAUGAUUCUAGUAAUAAAGUGCAUGACAAUAACA